AUGUCUUCCUCUUCUAAUGUCGCGCUCGAUGCUACCAUAAAAACUAACCAAACAACACCUUAUGCUAAUUCCAUUAAAGAAUAUUUUAGCAAUAAGGGGUAUGUGUUUUAUAUUGGAUUAGGACUUACCACUGUGGUUUUAACUGGAGUUGGUCUAUAUUUCCUUCAAGCACCUAAACCACCUAAACCAAAAAGCACACGUUCUACCUCUCGCAGAAAAGUACAAAAAACCAACAAGUCAAGUGGAAAAAACGAAUCAACAGAUUUUACUGCUGCAUGUAUAAUUAAUGAUUACAAAAAUGAAAAGGCUGUUAAAGCUAUUGAACGGCUUUUAAAGAAAUUAGCUACAAUUAAAACUCAAGAAAUAAUGCAGGACGGGGUGAGACUUGUAAUUAAAAGAAUCAUGUGA